AUGACGUGCACUUCUCUCCGAACUUCUCUCCGAGCGAUGAUGAUGACGACGUUGCACAGUAAAUCGUCGUCGCUAAGAAUUUCGGGAAAAGAAGAAGCAAAAGAGAAGAGCGCGAGUGGAAGAAGAGGAAGAAGAACGAAGUGUAUCGCAGGAGCGCGUCGGCAGGGAAAGGAACGAGAGGAAGUAGUAGAGGAAGAAGAAGACAACGAAGGAGAUGAUAUUUUGCUCUCAACUCUGCAAAAAUGUUUCGUGGACAUCAACCGACCGCCGAAAGAAGCGGAGAAAGUGGUUGAAAUAUUGAGAGAAAACUGGUUCGACGAUAUCGACGCUUUGAUAUCGCUCGAGGACGGGACCGUUUUAGUGAAACCAGAAGAGUGGAUUGCGAUGAGAUUACCGAUGAAGUUGUACAAUGCGGUGCUGGCGCGCUCGAUGAACUCAACGGAAGCAGUUCAUGAUGAUUAUAAUGAGGAAGAAGAAGAAGAAGAAAAAGAUAUAGAUGUAGUUUCAUACAAGAAAUUCAAACACAUCGAAGGAUGGAUUGGAGGUGAUAUUCCGCUCGAUGCCCGCGUGCCUUUACAGUCGAGAUUAUACUUUGAAGAGCACAAUACCGUUAGUGACGAUAGUAAAGAUUCUCACAGGAAAUUAUCGACAGAGUACAGAACGAACAGACGACCGGACGACGUACCUUUGAGCGAGCAACGCGUGACCUCGCGUCGACGUUUGCCGGAUUACGCAAUCAGCGAGAAAAGUCUACCUAAAACCCUCGAGAAAGAGCUCGAUAAAUUCGUUCGAGAUUUGACGACGCGACGCGUCGGGCAAGAAGGCGUGCCAGUUCGCGCGCAGACGGUGAAGAAUCAUCGCGAUGUCGCUCGAGCUUUUUGUGGGUAUUUGGUGAAUGUAAAAGGUUUGAAUGAGAACGCUGAAAACUAUAGCUUGAAGGACGCGUUCCCAUCUUCAGAUUCUGAAGGUGCGCAGUACGCUAUCGAAUACAUGCAAUGGAUGGUUGAAACGCGCGGGAUACUAAGCUCUACGGAAGAUGCUUACGUUCGUUCGCUCAUUGCCAUUGCAAAAUGGCUUUAUCCGCCGUUGAUGAAAUUAUCGUCGGCAUCGGCAUCAUCACUAUCCUCGGGAUCUGGUAAAAAGAAGAACUCUUCGGCGGCGUCUUCAUCUUCUUUACUAUCAAGUGCUGGUGAAGAAGUUAACACAGAUGUCGUGAAGGAACUUAUGCGAUUGCAACGCGGUGCUAGAGCGCGCGCGCGAGUGGCCCCGAGAGCAGCAGAUGAAGCUAAGAAAUGGUUAGAUUGGCCAAAAUAUCUCAUUCUCGUUGAGUGUUUGAAGCUCGAGUGCGCCGGCUUUGAUAAGCGCGGUAAGCCUAGGAAUAAAGCGGACAUUGCGAGAAGCAUACAGCUUUACCUCAUGUUCGCAGUUUUGGCGUGCAUACCUGAUCGUCAACGAACGUUGCGCGAGUUGGAAUUUAACCGAACGUUGUUUUACGAUUCGGCCACGAAAACGUGGUUUAUUAAGCAUAACGCCGCCGAUUAUAAAACCGGGAACGUGUAUGGUACGCGUCCGAAUUUAGUGCUCGACUCGCGCGUAUAUCCAGCUUUGGAGCUUUGGUUGAACGAGUACCGCGCAGCGUUCAAUCCAAGACACAAUUUAGUCUUUACGAGACCAAACGGUGAACCGUACACGGCGUCGGAACUUUCCCGAGCAUUCUCCAGAUGCGCUUUGCGCGUGACUGGCCAAAAAGUUAACCCGCACUUGGUGCGAGAUAUGAUCAUUACCCACGUCAGAGGUCAAGGCGUGGCUUCUGAUAACGAGUUAGAGGCGUUGGCUAUGUACAUGGGUCACUCAUCUGCGAUGCAAAAAGGCACUUACGACCGAAGAACAACCUCGCAAAAGGUAGCGCCAGCGGUGAACUUGAUGUCCCUCGUUAACAACAACAAGAAGAAGAAGAAAAGUAAUGAUGGAACGAAGGAUGCGUAG